AUGGGCUCCUUGGCAGAUUCUUCGAAAGAUCCUCGUCCAUUCAGUUUCCCUAGAGAAGUCGAUGAGUGGAUUCAGAAGAGUCUCGUUCACGAUGUUUUCCACAACGAUCUCGCUCCGCUGAACCACGCUGUUCGCGAAGGCUGGAAACUCAAAAUCGACCAAAUGAAGGAUUGGGGAAUUGUCGACGGCCACACAUUUCUGCUGUUUGCCAGCGGUAUGCUGAGAUGGGUUCCGAAGGAAACAUGCGAUGCAAAACUCAUCUACAACGCAUUAUGCAUGCUCAACGUUAUCCUCGACCAAUGCCCCCUCGACAGGCCUGAAUACAGCCUGCCCAUCUCACCCGACUCGGUGGGCAAAGAACUUCCAUCCUUGAGCCGUUGGCUCGUCAACUUCUCCAAGCGCAUCGGCAGCUGGAUGGAUAAUGAUGAAUCUAUCACCUGCGAAGCAAUUCAGUCUUUCAAAGACUCCCCUCUUUUCAACAUUGACGAGGCAUACGAGCCCAAGGGUGGCUGGAGGACCUUCAACGAGAUGUUUUCUCGCACCCUCAAGAAAGGCAUGCGACCCAUUGGCGCGGGUGAUCGCGAAAGGGAUGGGGAGAACUAUAAUCGUGUCAUUGUUUUCCCUGCCGACAGUACUUUCGAUGGCGCUUGGCCGGUUACUAGGGACUCGAAGACACACGAAGACAUUGUGCAAAUCAAGGGUCUCGACUGGACGAUCAAGUCGCUGUUGAAUGGGUGCACGUACGCCGAUUAUUUCGAGGGAGGCGUGUGGAUGCACGCCUUUCUCAACACUUUUGACUACCACAGGCAGCAUGCCCCCGUCGCUGGCAAGGUCGUCGAAUCCAAAGUCAUUCCGGGUCUCAACUACCUCAAUGUGACAGUCAUAGAAGACCCCAACGACUCGAGCAAGAACAUUUUGCAUCAGCACCGUAGCUUCGGCCCGUGCGAAGGGCAGGCUGACCCUGACAAGGGUCUCGUAGGCACCCUCAACGCGCCCGACAACGCAGGCUACCAGUUCCUCCAGUCUCGUGGGUGUAUUGUCAUUCACAACGACCUCCUCGGCUAUGUUGCAGUACUGCCCGUCGGUAUGGCUCAGGUCUCUUCCGUUGUGACCCUCGUGUCCGAGGGCGACGAUGUUGAGAAGGGUCAGCCCAUCUCAAAGUUCUUGUUCGGCGGCUCUGAUAUUGUUCUCGUCUUCCAGAAAGAGGCGCGUGUGCAGAUCCUUGGAGCUCAGGGGACUGACGACAAAGGACAAGCUACCAGCAAGCAGAAAUAUCUGGUGGGCAUGCCAUUGGGAUAUUCGUUGAAGGGUCUGGUCUAA